CCUACCCCCAACUCAAAGCGGAAACAAACCCAUAUAAAAAGCCCCCUUAUUGGAAAGUACCUCAAGAAACCCUAAUUUCCCAAAGUCUCCCAUUGAAGAAAAAAUCUCUCUCUACCUAUACAAUCUAAGAUCAUAGUAGAUUUAGAAGAAGAAGAAAGAAGAAGAAGAACCGAUUGUUGUUGGAUUUGAAGAAGAAUAACCGAUUGUUGAAUUUGUUGCUCGUUUGUUGUUGUGAUGUUAGUUGGUCCGAAGAUGGUAGCCGAAGCAGAGAUCAUCUGUCAACAGAACAUCUCUGUUCUCGAUGUUCAGUACCUUUGCUCUCCAAAAGCGUCGAUCGAAAAGGACUUGUUCGAUUUCUCUACGCCGUCGUCGUCUCCGGUCUUCUGCGAGGUUCGCGACUCGAUCUCUAUCGAUAUGUCUCGCACCGAAUCGGUUGUGAGCUGCUCAAGUAGCAUUCAGACUACUACUAUUGUUGAGUCUUCCGCCAGAAAGUUUGUUCCAAGCAUUCGAUCAGGCAGCCAUGUGGACAUUGGAUCCCGGGAACUAAUGGAAGAUGAACACAUUCGGAUUGAUGAUUUAUGUGCCCACUUGGGCUCUCCCUUCCGGUGCAAUAUGCCAAGUGCUUUUUAUGCUGUUUUUGAUGGACAUGGAGGACCCGAGGCUGCAGCUUAUGUCAAGAAUAAUGCUAUGAGAUUAUUUUUUGAAGAUGCCAGUUUGCCGCAAACAUCUGAUAUUAAUGAUGCUUUCCUGGAGGAGUUGGAGGAUUCUCAUCGCAGAGCAUUUCUGCUGGCUGACCAAGCCUUGGCUGAUGAAUUUAGUGUUAGCGACUCUUGUGGAACAACAGCAUUGACUGCUCUAGUACUUGGCAGCCACUUAUUGAUAGCUAAUGCCGGUGACUGUCGUGCGGUUCUAUGCAGGAAAGGAGUGGCAGUUUCGAUGUCUCAAGAUCACAUCCCUUCUUAUCUACCAGAACGCAAGAGGGUCGAGGAGCUAGGUGGUUUCAUAGAGUGUGGUUACCUUAACGGUGAACUUGCAGUCACUCGAGCCCUUGGAGAUUGGCACAUGAAAUCCCUCCAUGGGUCUUUAUCGCCUCUCACUGCAGAGCCGGAUAUUCAACAGUUCAUGUUAACAGAGGAAGAUGAGUUCUUGAUCAUUGGUUGUGAUGGGAUCUGGGAUGUGAUGUCAAACCAGGAUGCAGUUAGUCUUGUUCGCCGUGAGCUGAGGCGGCACGAUGACCCCCAGCAAUGUGCCAGGGAACUCGUGAAUCAAGCAUUACGCCUACAUACAACUGACAAUCUCACAGCCAUCGUUGUGUGCUUUACUUCCCCGGAUUGUCGAGAAUCGGCUGCUCCUCAGCGACCAAGGUUUAGGUGCUGCAGCUUGUCUGAGGAGGCCCGGAACAAAUUGAGGAGCUUGCUAGAAGGCAACUGACUGUAAAUCCAGAUUAUUUUAUUGCUGAUUAGAUUAAUUAAUCUGAUGUUUUGAAAAAGCUGCAAAUAGUUUUGUAGGAGUAGAGGAGGUAGAGCUUUUGAUGUCUAAUCUCUUUCUAUGUAACAUUGUUAUAUUUUUUGUUUAACCUCAAUAACAGUUGAGGAUUUAACCACCAAAUUGAAUUUGUAACUCUUUAAUAUUUAUAA